UUUGUCACACCAACGAGCAGCAAAAUUCCAUUUCAAGAAGUGUUGUUGAGGAGGCUGGCGAAUACUAUAAAGUUGGUUCCUCAGCCAUUGUUGUGGAUUGUUGUGGAACCACCGACGGAGUCCACAGAACUGUCGGAGAUACUAAGGAAAAACAGGAAUCAUGUACAGACAUUUGGUGUCCAAGGAAAACUUCACAGCCUGGAAGCUGAGCUGAAUCAUCAGAGAAAUCUUGCUCUCAAGCACAUUGAACACCAUAGGCUUAGUGGGAUUGUCCACUUUGCUGGGCUUUCCAAUGGUUAUGAUCUUGAAUUCUUCCACCAGCUUAGAGAUAUUGAGGUAUUUGGAACAUGGCCGGUGGCGCUAUUAGCAGCAACCAGGAAGAAAGUAAUAAUAGAAGGGCCAGUGUGUGAUUCUUCACGAGUCAUUGGUUGGCAUCUCAGGAAUGUCAACAAUGAAUCUGUUUCUCCCACUCCUCCCAUUCAUGUUUCCAGUUUUGCAUUCAAUAGUUCCAUUCUUUGGGACCCUGAAAGGUGGGGUCGCACUUCUUCUGUUCAAGACACAUCUCAGAAUUCAAUCAAAAUUGUGAAGCAAGUCGUAUUGGAAGAUGAAUCAAAGUUAAGUGGGAUUCCGCCGGAGGGUUGCUCCAGAAUCAUGCAAUGGCGUUUCAAUUUUCAACCUCCUGUCACUUCAAGAUAUCAAAUUUUAACAUCUUCAUCAAAUGGUGGCCCCAGAUAAUAAAACAGAGUAUCCAGAAAAUAACAAACAUUGCAGCAAAUUUAAGGAUGGGCGAGUGCAGCAAUUUCAUUCAUACUUUGAGGAUUUUGUUUUCAUUUUUUCAGCUUCCGUUAGUGUUACGUAUACACAUUUCUCCCGCAGUAUGUCCAUAAUUUUAUCGGUUCACAGACAAUUCAAUGUUUUGUAGUACUGAAGAAGCAGAGUAGCAUUCAGUCUUGGGCCAUCUUUUAAAGUUUAAAAAGCUAUUCUUCAGUGAUUAAUCAGCUGAAGUCUUUGGCCUUUUCAAAUGUAGGCUCCAUUGGGCUGACCCCACCUGUCUAUGUGAAGUGAAGCCCAUGAGAGUCCCUGCCGACAUGGCACAGAAAAGUUGUGAUCCUGAAGCAAUGCCUGUUUUGAGAUCCUUUUUAAAAGAUUUAUAUUCUUCUCUGUUUUUUUUUUUUUUUAGCCAAGAAGAUUAUAUUCUUUGAUUUGAUGACAAAAGAAACAAAAACAGGGUAGAGUAUAUUUGAUUAUUUCUAUAUAUCCUUGUCUUCCAAUCCAAGUAAAUAAAGACACAGCUUUAUAAUA